AUGAAGUGGUCUGCGCUCGCUCUACUUGGUCUUGGUGCAUUCGUACACGGUCAAACGGCAAUCCAGCCGUGUGCGACGGCCAUCACCAAUGUGUAUCCGUACCCAUGCCCUCUAGUGCUCUGUGUCUCUCCGACUCCAACCACAGUCACAAAAACCAUUACAUCGACACAUUCUGUCACACUCCCGACCAAGUGUCCUCCUCUCACAUUCUACCCAUUGACCGAGACGCUGAAGAAACGGGAAGCAGAAGCUGCAUACUCCACUGCAGUCAUCCGCCCGUGA